UCCCUGAGGGGGGAGGCCGAGGAAGCCCGGCGGAUCGACUGCGAGAGAGCGCGGCAGGUCCCCAGUGACAACCGGGACGCCCGCCGGGAGCUCAAGCUACUGCUGCUCGCCUCUUCUACUUUUACUAGAUUGUGUGUUUCCAGAUUCUCUGAUUCGGGGAAACAAAGAAUUGGCAGGACGCCUGAAAAUGACCAGGAAGAAGGUGUACUGGGUCCCCAACUCUUCUGGUGGCCUUGUGAAUCUUGGCUUGGAUGUAGGCAAUGACGUGAUUUCAGGACUUAGCUAUAAAACUUACACUCUUGAAGGUGACUUCCAGCAGGUGAGGAAGCCCGAGGAACCAGGGGAGGCAGAAGUCCUCCCUCGCGGGAAGUAUGGUGCUGCCCGGAGAACCAUGAUUCCCUUCCGUCCCAAGCCAAAGUGUCCUUCCCCUCAGCCUCUGGAUGAUGCUGGCCUUUUCUCCUACCUCACAUUGUCAUGGCUCACCCCACUGAUGAUCCAGGGCUUCCAGAAGCCUUUAGAUGAGAACACCAUCCCCCCGCUGUCCGUACAUGAUGCCUCAGCCCAAAAUGGUAAAAGGCUUUGCUGCCUUUGGGAAGAAGAAGUCUCAAGGCAUGGGAUUAAAAAAGCUUCAGUGCUUCGAGUGAUGAUGAGAUUCCAAAGAACAAGGGCUAUUUUCGAUGCGUUGCUGGGCUGCUGCGUCUCUGCUGCGAGUGUUCUGGGGCCAAUGCUGAUUAUACCAAAGAUCCUGGAAUAUUCUGAAGAGCAGUCAGGGAAUAUUGUCUAUGGAGUGGGGCUCUGCUUUGCCCUUUUUUUCACUGAAUGUAUGAAGACCCUGAGUCUGUGCUCAUGUUGGGUCUUCAACCAGCGCACAGGUAUCAGGUUUCGUACAGCCAUUUUCUCCUUUGCCUUUGAGAAGCUAAUGCAAUUUAAGUCUCUAACACACAUCACAGUGGGAGAGGUCAUCAGCUUCUUCACCAGCGACGUAAACUACCUGUUUGAAGGGGUGUACUAUGGCCCUCUGAGCUGCCUCAUCUUUUUCUUGCUGAUUGCCUGCACUGUCACCUCCUGCCUCAUUCUUGGACCCACUGCGCUCUUCGCCACUUUGUGCUAUAUCCUGCUUCUACCGCUCGAGGUAUUCCUGACCAGAAUGGUCGUCAAGAUACAGAAUCACACAGCUAAAGUCAGUGACCAGCGCAUUCGUGUGACCAGUGAAGUUCUCACCUGCAUUAAGCUGAUAAAAAUGUAUGCAUGGGAGAAACCAUUUGCAAAAAUAAUUAAAGACCUCAGAAGACAGGAGAAGAAACUCUUGGAGAAGUCUGGGUAUAUUCAGAGCCUAACCAUUUCCACCUUGUUUGUAGCCCCCACAGUGUCCACAGUAGUGAUGAUCCUCAUCCACACAUACUUGCAAAUGGAACUUACAGCUUCUGUAGCCUUUGCGGCGGCGGCUGCCAUGAACCCCAUGAGGCUGUCAGUGUUCUUCGCACCCUUUGUAAUCAAAGCCCUCACAAGUUCUAAGACUGCUGCAGAGAGGCUCAAGAAAUUUUUCCUCCAGGAGAGCCCUGUUUUAUAUGUCCAGGCAUUGAAAGACCCCAGCAAAGCACUGGUUUUAAAGGAGGCUACCUUGUCAUGGCGACAGACCUUUCCCAGGAUUGUCAAUGAAGCCUUGGAGCUGAAGAAGAAUGGACACACCUCCAAGAGGAUGACCAGGCCUCAGGCACCACUAGGUGCCCUCAGGCCAGAGGACAAAGGGAACAGUCUGGACCCAGAGUUGCAGAAGAUAAACCUGGUGGUGUCAAAGGGGACCAUUUUAGGGGUUUGUGGCAACACUGGGAGUGGCAAGAGCAGCCUGUUGUCAGCCCUCCUGGGGGAGAUGUACUUGCUGGAGGGCUCAGUGGGACUGCACGGAAGCCUGGCUUAUGUCCCACAGCAGGCUUGGAUCAUCGCAGGUAGUGUCAGGGAGAACAUCCUCAUGGGAGGCCAGUACGAUAAGGCCCGUUACCUCCAGGUGCUCCACUGCUGCUCCCUGGAACGGGACCUGGAAAUUCUGCCCUUUGGAGACAUGACAGAGAUUGGGGAGCGGGGCCUCAACCUCUCUGGGGGGCAGAAGCAGAGGAUCAGCCUGGCCCGAGCUGUCUACUCUGACCGCGAGCUCUACCUGCUGGAUGACCCCCUGUCUGCCGUGGAUGCCCAAGUGGGGAAGCACAUCUUUGAGGAGUGCAUUAAGAAGACCCUCAGGGGGAAGACUGUCGUCCUGGUGACCCACCAGCUGCAGUAUUUAGCAUUUUGUGACCAGAUCAUUUUGCUAGAAGAUGGGAAAAUCUGUGAAAAAGGAAUUCAUAGUGAGCUAAUACAGAAAAAGGGGCAAUAUGCCCAACUCGUCCAGAAGAUGCACAGAGAAACCACACAGGACAUGCUGCAGGAUGCAGUAAAGACAGCAGAAGGGUCUCAGGUAGAAGGUCAGGCCAAGAACACCUGCCAGGAAGAGCCUACUGGUGACGGUGCUGGUAAUGGUGUCGGAGAGCAGGUGCUGGAAAAUCGUCUUACAAAGAAGGAGAACAUGGAACAAGGGUCCCAGAAAUGGAGUGUCUACCACCACUACAUCCAGGCAUUUGGAGGUUACAUGGUCUCUGUCAUGGCUUUCCUUCUCAUGGUGGUGUUCAUCUUCCUCCUGACCUUCAACUUCUGGUGGCUGAGCUAUUGGUUGGGUCAGGGCUCCGGGACCAAUACCAGCCAAGAGGGCAACAGGACUUCUGCACAGCCAGGUGACAUACGGGACAAUCCUCAUCUGCUCUUUUACCAACUGGUAUAUGGCCUCAGUGUUGUGCUCCUAAUCUGCAUAGGGGUCUGCUCCUCAUGGACUUUUACCAAAGUCACGCGGAAGGCAUCCACAGCAUUGCACAACAAGCUCCUCAACAAGGUGUUGCACUGCCCCAUGAGCUUCUUUGACACAACCCCAGUAGGACGACUCCUGAACUGCUUUGCAGGGGACUUGGAUAAGCUGGACCAGCCUUUGCCUGUUGUCACUGAAGAGUUCCUACUCCUGCUUUUGAUGGUGAUCUCUAUCCUGUUGAUUGCCAUCGUGCUCUCUCCAUAUAUCCUGCUGAUAGGAGCCAUUUUAGCCACUGUUUGCCUCUUUUAUUAUUUGUUGUUCAAGAGGGCUGUCAACAUGUUCAAGAGACUGGAGACCUACAGCCACUCCCCUCUCUUCUCCCACAUCCUCAUGUCUGUGCAUGGCCUGAGCUCCAUCCAUGUCUAUGGAAAAACUGAAGACUUCAUCAAUGAGUUUAAAAGACUGACUGAUGCCCAGAGUAACUACUUGCUGAUGUUUCUGGCUUCCAUGAGAUGGCUUGCACUGAGACUGGAGCUUGUGACCAACCUGGUGACCUUGGCUGUGGCUUUUUUUGUAGCUUUUGGCAUUUCCUCUGUUCCCUAUUCCUACAAAGCCAUGUCUAUCAGUCUCAUCCUGCAGCUGGCUGCCAACUUCCAGGCCACUGUCCGGGUUGGUUCAGAGACUGAGGCGCACUUCACAGCCAUGGAGAAGAUGCUGCAGUACAUGAAGAUGUGUGUUCCUGAGGCUCCUUUACAUAUAGAAGGCAUGAGUUGUCCCCAUGGGUGGCCGCAGCAUGGGGAAAUCACAUUCCAGGACUAUCAGAUGAAAUACAGAGACAACACGCCUAUUAUCCUCAAAGGCAUCAACCUGACCAUUCGUGGCCAAGAAGUGGUGGGCAUCGUGGGAAGGACGGGCUCUGGUAAGUCCUCCUUGGGUGUGGCUCUUUUCCGCCUGGUGGAGCCCACAGCAGGCCGAAUUCUCAUCGAUGGUGUGGACAUCUGCAGCAUUGGCCUGGAGGACCUGCGGUCCAAGUUCUCUGUCAUUCCUCAAGAUCCUGUCCUGCUCUCAGGAACCAUCAGAUUCAACCUAGAUCCCUUUGACCGCUGCACAGACGAGCAGAUCUGGGACGUCUUGGAGAAGACAUUACUGAGUAAGACAGUCUCCAAGUACCCCCAAAAACUACAAGCGGAAGUUGUGGAAAAUGGCAGAAACUUCUCUGUGGGGGAGAGGCAGCUGCUCUGCAUUGCCCGAGCCCUCCUUCGCAACUCCAGGAUCAUUCUUAUUGAUGAAGCCACAGCCUCCAUUGAUGUGGAGACCGACACUCUUAUCCAGCACACAAUACGUGAAGCCUUCCAGGGCUGCACAGUGCUGGUCAUCGCACACCGCAUCACCACUGUCCUCAACUGUGACCGCAUCCUGGUCAUGAGCAAUGGGAAGGUUGUAGAGUUUGACAGGCCUGAGGUCCUGCAGAGGAAGCCUGGGUCCAUGUUUGCAGCCCUGCUGGCAACAGCCAAUUCUUCAAUGAGCUCAGGAGGAGUGGAGACUGCAUAGAGGCUGGCGGCUGAGCUCACCAGGGCUCACCAAAGCUGCAGCUGUGAGGCCUGCAGUCUAGAUCUUGUGUGGAGAUGGCUACUUCUCCUGAAAGUGGAGCUGAAAUGUGUUGAGAGGAUGAUGAAGGGAUUGAAGGAGCAAAACCUGGAAUAGGCCAUUCUGUGGCUCCCCAAGCCUGGGAACUCCCAGCACCUUUUGAGAACAUGAAGUCAAAUCAUCAUGUGUCUUUUAACUGAUAUGUUGAGUGAUUUUAAUGAUGAUGUAAAAGCGUAUUGUAGUUUUCUGAUUUGUGUGGAAGGUGUUGCAAAUGAAGAAUUGAUUUUUGUAAAAAAUAAAAGUAAGAAAAAGUCA